CAUAAAUUAAGUGGUGGAAGCGGAGGCGAUGAUGGGGUCACAAGCUUCGGAGGGGAUGAUCAUCACACGACGCUAGGAUAGCAGCAGCCAAGCAGAAUUCGUGCCCGGAGAGGAGGAGACGACUAGGGAUUCAUUGCCGGAGAGAGGUGGAGGAGGAGGAGGGGAAUCUCUGAUCGAUCCUUGGGGGUUUGGUGGAGAAGAGGGGGAGGUGGUGGAAGUGUGGGAGGUGUGAGAGGGAUUUGAGACGUGAAUGAGUUGUCGAUCGAUCGGAUUCAGGGGUGAUCGCUGCUCAGAAGGAAGCAGAUGGAGGGGUAGGGUUUCACAGGGGUGAAUAAACAGCUUUUUGGACAGGCUCCGAGCUCCAAGUUGCGGUUUUGGGAUAUGGAUGCGUGAUGAGGAGAAAUUGCUGCUUUGAUCUGCCUGUCCUUGAGUUUUAGCUCUCUGUUAGGGGGGACGUUUUCCAGUUGAUUGGAUAUAGGGGAAUGAUUAUCAGAACCAGACAUUUGCAGAGGAACAUAACGACAGUGAUCUGAUUCAAUGAUUCGUUUCUGUUCAUGUAGCAGGGGAUCUGCCACUCCUGUCCAACUUCCCAAUUAUCGAGCUAGUUCAAAGGUGUGCAAAGGUUGUGGUGGCAAAUUAUUGGUUGAGAGGCAAGGAGCCAUUUCAGAGAGUAUGCUGAGCACUGUUGGAAUGCAACUCUCAAGAGUAAUUGAUCCUAAUUUAAACUGGAAGGUUUGCCCUAAAGGUAGACAGAGGGCUCUGAGACGAGCUAGAACUUGUUUCAAUGUGAUCAAUCAUUGCAAAAUCUCUGCCAAAAGUUCAAAAGGAGUUGAUGAACUCACCAAUAACGACAGGCCGAAGAUAGGACACCUACCAGUAUCUGAGUCUGAGAAGCUUGGUGUGAGUAUUCUGGGACGGCGCUUUAGUGAAACACCAGAGACCGUUCCUUUUAAGAAAAGGAAAGUUCCAUUAGUUCGUUCUCCAUCACCCCCAGCUGAAUCACGCCAUUACUUAUCUGAUCCUGAUCGCAUUUUAGAGAUUAGAUCGUCAUAUUGUAAGGCUGAACCAAAUGCAACACAGCAAAGUUUGGAAACUGUUUCUGGGUUCGGGAUGGAGUCGGAUCUGCAAGACAUUGCCACAUAUGAAGUCAUCAAGUCAGAUAUUGAUUUGAAGAAUGUAGAUUUUUCUGGCAUAUCACUCUUGGCAGCAGCUGCUUGUGACAGCAACUUGGGAGAUGGCGGAAGAGAUGUGGAAGAUUCGAUUGCCAUGACACAUGCUUCUGGAGAUGAAGGGUUUGUAGUACUUCCUGUGAUUGCUGAUCAACAUCCUGAAUCUGCAUUAAGAGGGACUUGCCAGCACCCAACUGACAUGUUAGAUGGUAUAAGUGAGUCAGCCAUAGGCCAUCGUGCGACCUCAGCAUUGCCAAACAAGGGCUUGGAUAAAACUGAAGAUAAUGCACUCCAGCCUUCUGAAGAUGUAUCAGAGAAAACUACGAGAGGGGAGUUUUCAUUUCGUGAUGAUAGGCUUCACUGGGAUCUUAAUGUUGUGAUGGAUGCAUGGGGUGAUUGUGAUAAAAGUAAGAAUUCUGAACCAUCUGCUGUCAGUGUGGUUGGUGAGGAUUGCACUCAAGAUAUGAAAGUGGCUGGUGAAGCUGGCCAGGAGAAGUUUAGGCUUCAAGACCCAGGAGUUUAUGAUACUGGAUGCCAUGAGGAUGUUCCAAUUCAAUCAGGUAGUUCUGUGGAGUUAUCCAACAUCCAAGGCAAGGCUGUCUCUCGGAGUGAUAACUUGGCUGCAGAUCAUGACAGAGGCAAAGAUUGCUACUUGCUUCAUGGGAGUGAUGAUUUACCCAAUGAGAAGAAUCAGUCAGAAGGCAAUUCAACUGCUUCAUUGGGAACUACAAACAAUGAAUGCCCUUUGCAUCAUCAAGAUAAGAACUACUCCAUUUCAGCAGCAGACCCAGGUGUGUUAACUGGAGAAAGUGCAGGUGCUAGUUUUCUGAAAUUUGGUUCAGCUAUCGAAAUGGAAUCUUUUGUAAGUUCACAUCCUGAUAAUAAUGUGAACAUCAAUGGUGCCAUUCAUGCAUGCGAUCCACUACCAACAAAGGAGGAAAGUCUGAACGAAGUAGCCCUUGAGAAAACAAUCUCUGCAGCUUCAUUAGUGGAUAUUGAUCACCACUCUGCUGACACCAACCCCACUACUAAUGUGGUCAAAGCCACAAAUAUAAGGAGCCCUUCUGCCGAGAACAAUGUACCUUCAUGCACCAAUGGUCCAGGGGAUGCUAAGACUGAUGAGUGUCCUGGGGUUGGUCAUGGUGUUGAUGAGUCUUCACAUAUAUUGGUUGAUGGAAAUAUGGGCAAAACUACGCCGGCUGUAUCUGAAAUUGCACUUACUGAAGAUUUAGAUCAAACUGUUUGUGCUGAUGCAUUCAAAGGUACAAGUCCUCACCCUUCUGAUUCACAUUCUAUCGUAUCUCAUUCAGUAGUCAAUCUUGAUGAAGUGUCAUCUGGAAGUGCUGAUAUGGAUAUCGAAGACAGUUCAUGUCCUGUGCUGGAUUAUGACAAGUUGGAUUUGUCUAAAACAGAUGAUCCUGUUCAAACUGGCUCUGAAUAUUUAAGAUGUACUUCCACAAGCAUGCCUGUUGGAAUGGCUUUGGCAGUUCAAGCAGAAGGCCCUUCAAGUUCUCUGGCGGCAAAUACUAGUUUUGCUGAUGAUGUAAACUGUACUCAUAAUGUAGCUUUGGAAAAUCAUGUUGAUGUUGACUACGAUCCAGAUGCAUCACAAACUGAUGAUGACCAUCCUGUUGGAAUAGAAAAAGUUGAUUUUCUGGGGGAUGAUGCCUCGCCAUAUGAGGAUGGUGAAUUCCGGGAAUCUGUUCUUAAUAGCUGGGGUGCAGAUGGGGAAACUGAAAGUGCGGAUUAUGCAUCCAACCACAGAGAGCAUAAUGCCUUUGAAGCUGCUUCUGUUCAUCCUCGAUUUAACAUUUCUGGAUGCGAGAAUGGACGGAUGUUGGGGGUCAAUGAUGAUAGUCAGAUUGAAAAAAAAGUGGAUAAGAAGUUUACUCAAUCCGCCGUGAGUUGUUUUUCAUUGACAGACUCUUUGGAGGCUGAAGUUGGUAAGAAAUGCCAUCAAAAGGUUUUGAAAGGAGCUUCUGCGAACUGUUUGAGCACAGAGGAUGGCAGUGGAAAGGUUGUUGGUAAGACAGAUACUUCAGCUUCUGGUUCAGUUUGUCAUAAGAAUAGCAGGGAAUGUGAACUUCUUGCAGAAGGAGAUGGAGCAUAUUUGAAAAUGAGGUCCACAGGGUGGGAUAGGUUGCCUGAUGGUUGUGGAUAUAGAGAUGGAAUUCUGGACUCCGUUGGUAAUUGUCUUUAUCAAAAUCAUACUAUAGAUUCUGGUGGUGCUUCCAAGGCUGGUGAAUCUUUGAGACAGUUGGCGGGAGCAUCCUUGAGGAAGAAUUUGCCCUCACAGAUUGAUAAGCCUAAGUCCUCUGAUGUAUCAUACAAUAAGAAUAAUUCCUACUUGAGAGCAAGCAGAGUCAGUGACCACUGCAGUCCAGCAUUAAAAGGUGAAAGGGAUGCUGAUGAUCAUAGAUCAGUUGGAAGAAGUGAAUCACCUCUAAAUAGAUACAGCCGAGGUAGAGGGCAUCGUUGGGUGGAUGGCCAUAAUCACAGGAGUCAGUAUGGUCCAGCUGGUUUCACCCACUCUAGUUCAAAGAAUGCAGCUGCAGCUGCUGUUGCUAAGGUAGAAAGUAAUGGCUUUGUGGUCGCACCUGAUGGAACACUUGUCAAAGCUGGAGGACUGGGGCCUUCUCAUAGAGUUCUCAGACAUUCUGCAAAUGCUUCUUCGCAAAAUACAUAUAGAUCCUUGGGAAGGCGGUCACCAGUGGAAACAGAUAGAUCAUAUUGCAUGCCGUUAAGUUAUGGAAACUCAAGAGAGAGUCCUGACCGGCACAUUAGUUCUGGGCGAGGCAGGGCCCAUCCAUAUGGUCCUCAAAUGCAGAGACCUGAUUACAGGAAGAGUUUUGAUCAGCUAGAUGAUGACAUAAAUUCAUCAUUAUCAGUGCACCGCCCAUUAUCUAGGAGAGAACACAGCUUUUCUCCUCAGGAAAGACCUCCACAUAUGUUGCGGUCCCGCACAGGAUCUCCUUCAAGAUCUAGAACUCGUUCUCCACAUAAUUGGACAUCUUCCAGAAGGAGUGAAAACAGACGGCAUGGUGGUCCCAGUUCAAAUCUUCUUAACAGAUCUCAGAAUUUCAAGUCUCAAGACAGGCUGGUGAGAGUGAAGUCACCCCAACAGGGAUCAGGUUUUAGGGAUCACAUUUCCCCAAUUUCCAGAGAUCAUACUUCAAUACCUCAUUCAUCUAGAUGGAUGAAUGAAAGAAAGGAUUUACUGGACUUUAGGGAACAUGGAUACAAACAAUCUUCAGAGAGGAGCCCACCAAGAAGAUUAUUCUCACGAAGCCAUAGAGGAGAUCAAAGUGGUUCUCCACGAAGACUGAAACAGGAAGAGUACCAUCAACCAGUGCUGUCAGGCAGGUUUGCUGAAUUUGUUGGUCCUAAUAGGAGUUCUAGGCGCGAUGGGGACCGUGAUGAUAGGAGAGGAAAUGUUAACAGAUACGAAAUGAUUCAUUCUGUGAGACAGUAUGAUAAUGGUGUUAGUACAAGGCAAUUCCACUAUGAUUUCGAAGGUGGUUUCAGGGUACACCCUAGAUCAAAAGUUUCUUCAAAAUUUGAACAAAGAGGGAAUUCAAGAGAUUUUGACAGGGAAGUGGAGUGCCAACUUGGAGAUUCAGCUCGGAUCACCACAGAGAAGAAGGGCCAUUUUAGAUAUGCUAGAGAUGGAAAUCAUACUGACAAUGAUAAGUUGCAUGACAUCCAACAAUGCCCUGAAGAGAUGGACCAACGGAUGGGAAGAAAUUCGUGACAUGAUUUAUGUGGGUGCUUAUCUGAACCAGUCUUUCGUCUAUUAGAGAAUGAUAUCUCUAUCUACAGAGUAAAUACCUUCUUACUUCUAGCUCUUGUAAAAAUUCUCAACAUCAGUUCGAUUUAGAGUUUUUGUUUUGAGUUGAUUCUGAUUUUCUUAGCCCCGUCUGACCUAAUUUAUUUAGGCCCAUUUUGAUUGUGAUUUUUUUUUGCUGUAUGAGGGCUAUUUUAACAUGAUCCUUCAGAAAAAUACCAAUUACUUGUGACUUGCAUACAUUUUUUCCCCAUUCUUGAGGUCAUGCAUUAAUUUUGUUUGAAGAGUGUUCAUUUGUGUUCUACCUUCUUUGGUGAUAAACUUUUGUAACAAUGGCUUACAACUUGUAUCAGUCAUCACAUAGUAAAUGAUCAUAUGUUGGCUCGUA